UUGCUACAUUUCACAGAUGGAUCCAAGGACCCAGUUAGUGGGCAUACAGGAGCAGGUGUUUAUGUUCCUGAAUUUGAUAUGCAGUUGCACAGGGCGGUGCACAAUUGGACCAGCGUUGUCGGGGUUAGGCCGUCAUUGUAAAUACGAUUGUGUUCUUAACUGACUUGCCUAGUUAAAUAAAGAUUAAUAAAGUUGGCGGCAUGCACAUUUAACGUUGGUUUGCGGACUGACAAAUAAUUGACAAACAUCAAGAGCAUGCUUGACAUUUAUACAUCCGGUGAAAAAUCCGUCUCAUUGUUCUAUUUGUGAUUCGCUUGGUGACAGGCGGCUAGGCUCCGGGACUGCAGCUGGAUGCAUCUUAGAUGCAGACAGAUCACAAUGGUUUGAAGUCUGGUUCGUUCAACGUUAAAUACCCAUUCAUUUUACAACUCACCAUAACAAUCAAGUUAGCUAACCAUGGCUAACGGUCUUUGUACAUUACUUCCCACGUUGCAUUGACGUUGUAAAGGAUCCAAAGUACCAGUAGCAGCUGGCAUUGGAGUAUGAAGACCAAGCAUGGGAGCUAGGUGUGACUUGUGCCUUCCCACUGGUUCCCCUGGUCCCACAAUAAAGUACAACUGAGUGAUGAUUAUGGGAUUGCAAUUUUGGCCACGCUGAUCACACUUCGUUUGAGGGACUGCUGUGCAUGGCUGCUGCUAGGCCUACUUCUGCUGGGAUUUAAAGUGAUGGGAGUGGAGGCAAGAUUGGCCUACUUCUUGUGCACCCCCAGCAGGACCCCCUCUUGCAGCACCACCUGCUUCUCCAAUGGCUGGCCUUGUGAUCCACAGACAUGGGGGUGGAGGCAAGGUUUGACACCCAGCGGCUGUCGUUCCAUCAGUUCAGCCGUGUGGAGGCAAAUGAGUACUUUCAGCCGACUCGCAGGGGUAAAGUGAACAGUGCGGUUAUUUGCAGCCCCAGGAUCACCCUUGAUGGUCAGUGUGACAGGGAGGUGGACGUUUGGUCACCUUUCUACCACACCGAUCUUCUUUUUUUUACUAAUCAACUGCUCAACAUUACCAAGACUAUUAGAAUCUGGUCGAGAACCAAAUGUGUAACAGCCUGCAGCUCAUAAAGAGCAGGUGGGGGCAGCCCUGAUGGGUGAAGAGAAGCCCUGAUGGGUGAAGAGAAGCCCUGAUGGGUGAAGAGAAGCCCUGAUGGGUGAAGAGAAGCCCUGAUGGGUGAACUGUUAUUCUUCAAUCUACUAUAUUCUACAUUUUCUUGUAAAUAUUUCAUGGGUGUAUGUUGAUUUGUGUAUUUUCCAGGAGCUUGCUCGGUUGUCUUAUUAAAAAGAGAACAGGGACGAAUUUGUCAGUUUCUCCUAUAUUGGCUCAAAUUGGUUACUGUUUUUUACUUCCCUCUGGAAAGUUGUUUCUUUAAAUAAAUACUGAAUAAAACAUUUCUGUUGCAAUUUGUUAUUAUUGGGUAUCUUAAAUACUGUCACCGAGUAGGCUGAUAACCGUGGACCUAAGAUCCAUAGGUAAGGCUGUACAUUGCAAGAUAAAUGUUCAAUACACUGUUGGUUGAGUAGUGAACUUAAUGUGGCUAGUUUCACACUGUUUUCAAAGUCCCCCAAUAAGUGCAUUGACCAUAAUAUUUGUGAAAACUCUUCACAGUUAUGUCCCGUGGGUGUCACUUAUAUAGACCGAUACCCCAUUUCAUGGGUGAACAAUCUCUAGAUUAGGCUCUACUGUCCAAUAUGAGUUCAACAGUCAACACUUAUUAUAGGCUUAAUGUGGUUAAUUUCACACUGGUUUUAGUGUUGCACUGUAAGAGCUAAGAUGCUAAUAUUUGUGUAAACUCAGUUGUGUUGUGUGGGUGUCACCGAGUAGGCUGAUACCCCAUUUCAUGGGUGCACAAUCUCUUGUAUAUGCUGUGUAGUAUGCCCCCAAUGCAGAUGUGGGGAUUUCAAAAAAAUGUCUGUUAAUUAACAAUUGUAUUUCAUUUUGGAUUUGUUUAGCCAUAUCUAGUCCAAAUAUGGCUUGAUUCUACUGUUUGGAAGGCUCCUGCAUGGUGCAGCGGUCUAAGGCACUGCAUCUCCGUGCAAGAGGCAUCACUACAGUCCCUGGUUUGUAUCCAGGCUGUAUCACAUCCGGCUGUAUUUGGAGUCCCAUAGGGCGGCGCACAAUUGGCCCAGUGUUGUCCAGGUUUGGCCGGGAGCCAGUGAGUGUGGUGUUCAAGGUGUACUGUCUGUCAGUGAUGACAAUGGUGGCAGCAACUUACACUGUGGUAUUACGAUACACAAGGACCAUAUCAUCAACAGCUAUGUACUUCUCUACAACAGCAGUAUGCGUCACAGAGGUUAUUAAAUUGUUCUUGAGCCUUGGGAUGUUGACCAAAGAAGCUGGCAGCUUUGGCAGGUUAAAAGCAUCCAUAGUUGAACAUGUGUUUCAGUGUCCAAAAGAGCUGCUGAAACUGAGUGUUCCCUCUGUGGUCUAUGCGAUUCAGAAUAACAUGGCCUUCAUAGCCCUGAGCAAUCUUGAUGCAGCUGUGUAUCAGGUGACCUAUCAGUUGAAGAUCCCGUGCACAGCCCUAUGCAUGGUCCUAAUGCUGAACCGCUCUCUCAGCAGGCUGCAGUGGUUGUCUGUCUGCAUGCUGUGUGGGGGUGUUGCUUUGGUCCAGUGGAAACCUGCAGAGGCCACUAAAGUCCAGGUUGAGCAGAACCCUUUUUGGGGGUUCAUGGCCAUUGCUAUUGCUGUAUUCUGCUCCGGAUUUGCAGGUGUGUACUUUGAGAAGGUCCUGAAGAGCUCAGACACAUCCCUAUGGGUGCGGAACAUCCAGAUGUACCUGUCUGGCAUCGUGGUCACCCUCGCUGUUGUUUACAUGACUGAGGGUACUCAAGUUAUACAGAAAGGCUUCUUCUACGGUUACACGCCUUGGGUGUGCUUUGCAGUUUUUCUGGCCAGUGUGGGUGGUUUGUACACAUCAGUGGUGGUGAAGUACACAGACAAUAUCAUGAAAGGCUUCUCUGCUGCAGCCGCCAUCGUUCUCUCUACUGUGGCAUCUGUCGCUCUGUUUGGGCUACAGAUAACUGUUAACUUUGCCAGUGGAGCAAUGCUAGUGUGUAUCUCCAUAUACCUGUAUGGACUUCCAAAACAAGACACCACCAAGCUUCCAAGAGCAGACACAGAUGCCAAGCAGAAACUAAUCACUGUUUGAUGCCUGGAAGAACUUAAACGUUUAUGGCCUUUCCUGACCACUGAGCUGGACCUGCCCGAGGCCCUCUGUUGCGUAUAGAAUAAGAGCGUCGGCAAGGAACUUUAAUUUAUCAUUAAUGCUGGAGCAUAAAUUAAGGGAUUUUAAAAUACACUUCAAUAUUCUGUGGCGAUUGUGGAGCCGAGACAUAGAAAUGACCUGUUUUUGUUGACUGUGUUACUGCUGUUAGUCACGGACAAUAGUUACGAAUCUUUGUCAGUCAUUCCACUUGUCACAGUACUAAAUGUAUAUACACAGCUGACAUUGUUGUAGCUGUCAUUAUCUAUAAUACAAUCUUGGGUCGUCUGUUUUGAACAUUCAAAAAACAUUUGUUGACCUUCAAUGUUAAUGGCAAUAAAUCUGAACUGAUAUGCAU